AUGUCGAGCGAAACGAAUAUUGACACUACUAUUGUAGGGUCUUCCUCUGGUGAUACGUUAUCUAUUAACUCUGUCGUUACUACCUCCACAGAUAACACCAUGGAAGAUACUGCUGAAAAACAAGCUCGUAAGAAGCAAAGCAGACAAAGCUGGAAAGGUUCAUCUAAGGGCGACGGUAAUUAUACUAAAGGAAAUAAAACUGCUGGCCUCGUAGAAGAAAAUAAUUGGAACGAAAAUGGCGAUGAAAGGAAGAAAAAAGAAAAAAAGGCGAGUAAAAAUCGUGGCCUCCUGGCUGAUGGGACCGAUCAACCUAAAAACAAAGAUGAUGUGUUGGACUUAAAUGACAACAAACAAUCUGUUGCACAACACCAACGUAGAAAGUCAACGGCUAACACUCUUGAUAUUCCAAAUAAAAAUAAAAAUUCUAACAACAACCUCAACAAAUCAUCUCACCGUCGUGGUACUUCUAUGGCCAAUGUUGCAGAAAUCCAAAGUUCUUCCUCAAAAAAUGCUGCUGGAAAAUCUAGAGGUAGUAAAGACGACUCUGAAAACAAGUCUGAAGCCCUAGAAUCUCUACAACAAAUUAUUGCUAGUCUCAAAAAUUUGCCAGCCGUUCCUCCUAAACCUCAAAAAUCAGAGAAAAAAGAUGAAGAAAGCCAUACCGAAACAACUUCAAAACAUAAACGAGGCGAAUCAAGCAUUAAUUCUGGAAAACGUCCACCCGCUGCAAAGCAACACAAGAAAAAUGCAUCCGUUUCAUUUUCUUUUCCUUUAACCUCUUCGGCGGUUACCAGUUCAUUGAAAGGUAUUCCUGACUCAGAAGAUGGUAAGCCAAUGGAUAUUGAAAAUGCCUUACAAGACACUAUUUCUUCUUUGAGACGAAUGAGUUUGGACAAAGGUAAGGCUCAGAAGGAAAAGGAAGUUGAUAAGAGAAAGGAAGAAUAUGAAGAUGGAGAGACUGAAGAAGAAAAGAAGGCACGACGUAAAAAAAACCAGAAUAACCGUAAAUCUAUUAACCUUGAUGAAGUUUCACAGUAUGUUGAUAGAAAUCAAGAAUUAGCUUCACCGAAAUCACCCUUUGAUUUCAAGAAAAAUGAAGAGCAACAACAAUCAGCUGUUAAAAAAUCUCAUCGUCGUCAUCAAUCACUUGGCCACACGUUGUCUGUUGCAUCAACUUCUUCAUCUGUUGUUAAACCUAAUAUUCCGACACAUACCCGACGACACAGUGUCGCUCUUAAUGGAAGCAAAGAUGUUCUUAAAGAACUUGAGAAAAAUCAAGGCAGACAAUCCGGAACAGAUUCUAAAGGUGGUCAUCGUCGAAGCAACUCUAGAAACUUUGAUGGUAACUGGCGAUCAACACAACCUUUUCAACCAUUCCCACCUAAAUACGGCAUGAUAAAGAAGCAACAACAAAAUCAACAGAAUUCUAACAAUCAACAGCAAAGAAAAUCACUUUUUGCUCCUUAUCUUCCUCAAGCAAAUCUUCCUCCACUUCUCAAACAAGGUCAACUAGUUUCUGGUGUUUUACGUAUCAAUAAACGCAAUCGAUCCGAUGCCUAUGUAACUACAGAAUCGCUCGACGCUGAUAUUUAUAUUUGUGGAUCCAAGGAUAGGAAUCGAGCUCUUGAAGGUGAUGUAGUGGCUGUAGAAUUAUUAGAUCCGGAGAAAAAAAAAGUUGAUAAAAAGAAAGAUGAUGUCGAAGUCGAAGGACAAGGGUUGAUGUUAUUUGAGGAUGAUGAUAUCGUUACAGACGAUCAAAGACCUAAAUACUGUGGUCAUGUUGUUGCUGUUAUGGAAAGGAUGCCUGGACAACUUUUUUCUGGAACGCUUGCACUACUUAGACCUUCUUCUACCGCGACUAAAGAAAGAGAAGCUGCAGAAAAGGCUCGUCGUGAAGCAGAAGAGCGUGCUGCUGGUAUUGAACCAAAAGUUGAAGAACCAAGAGACGAUAGGAGAGACGAAAGAAAUGAACGUCCAAAGAUCGUUUGGUUUAAACCGACCGAUAAACGCGUUCCUUUGAUUGCUAUUCCUACCGAGCAAGCUCCAUCUGAUUUUGUUGAAAAUCAUCAAUCAUAUGCUCAACAAUUGUUUGUUGCAUGUAUUAAACGUUGGCCUAUUACCUCCCUUCAUCCUUUUGGUACAUUAGUCACUCAAAUUGGUGAAAUUGGAGAUAUAGAUGUCGAAACCGAAGCUCUUCUUAAAGAUAAUAAUGUAUCUUCUGAGGAAUUUAAUGAAGUUGUAACGAAAUGCCUUCCUUCGUUGCCAUGGACCAUUCCUGAAAAGGAAUUUGAUACACGUCGUGACUUGCGUACUGCUAGAAUUUUCACCAUUGAUCCUUCAUCAGCCAAGGAUCUUGAUGAUGCUGUCUCUUGUUCUCGAUUACCUGAUGGUAAUUAUGAAAUUGGAGUUCACAUUGCAGAUACUAGCUAUUUUGUGAAACCAAAUACUCCUCUAGAUAGAGAUGCUCGUAAGAGAGCUACUACAGUAUAUUUAGUGCAAAAAUCUGUUCCGAUGCUCCCACCAUUACUUUGUGAAGAAUUGUGCAGUUUGAAUCCUGGUGUAGAAAGGCUUGCAUUUUCUGUAAUUUGGAAAAUGACACCCGAAGGAAAGUCUAUAGAUACAUGGUACGGUCGAACUAUCAUCAGAACAUGCGCAAAAUUGUCAUACGAAAAUGCUCAGGAAGUGAUUGAUGGAAAACCCUUAAAUGCCGAGGUCAAAAUAUUUAAUGAUUAUAGUUCUAAAGAGGUAGAAGCUGAUAUCAAAUUACUACAUGAGUUGUCCCAACGUCUUCGUGGGUUACGUUAUAAACGUGGUGCUUUGUCUUUGGGUUCCAUCAAGCUCAAUUUUGAGCUUGAUGAGUAUAAUAAUCCAAUCGAAUGCUUUGUUUCGGAAUAUAAAGAUGCCAACCGUCUUAUUGAAGAAUUUAUGUUACUUGCAAACAUGAGCGUUGCACAAAAAAUUUCUAGUGCUUUUCCGGAACAAGCUUUGUUAAGACGCCAUGCUCCUCCUAUUGAGCGUAGACUUAAUUAUUUCGUUGAGCAUGCUAGUAGAUUAGGAUAUGAUUUUGAUGUUUCAACUGCUGGAUCAUUGCAAAAGUCUUUUAACAAUAUAUACGAUAAUGCUGUUAGAGAAGUAUUAAGACUUCUCGCCAUUAAACCAAUGCAAAGAGCAAAAUAUUUCUGUACUGGUACUUUGGAUAUUGCCAAAUAUCAUCAUUACGCUUUAAAUGUACCUCUCUAUACUCACUUUACAUCUCCUAUUCGUCGAUACGCUGAUGUUCUUGUUCAUCGUAUGCUUGACGCUGCUAUUUCCGGUGAGAAACGAUUCUAUCUUGAUAAAGACACCGUUCAAAAGACAGCUAAUCAUUGUAAUGUUAAGAAAGAAGCUGCAAAAAAUGCUCAGGAACAAAGUAGUCAUCUCUUCCUUUGUGUUCUUCUUCAUAAUUUGUCGGUACAAUCUGGUCCUGUCAUUCGCGAAGCGGUCGUUGUUGGUGUUAAAGAUCAUGCUUUUGAUGUUUUAGUUCCAGCUUUUGGCAUUGAAAAACGUGUUCACUUGGAUCAGUUACCUUUGGAAAAAUUUAUUUUUGAUGAUGAAACCGGUGAUCUCACUUUACGUUGGAAACCUGGUGUCAGUUCUCUUGAGCCGAUCCUUUAUGAUGAAGGUUUCGCAGAGGAUGACGAUGAUGUUUUGGAUGUAGACGAAGACGCUUUGCUUGCUGAUGAUUAUCAUUAUGAAUUAAUGGAUGUAACUAGUCGUCCUUUUGAAGAUGAGAAUAGAUUGUUCGAUGUCAGUUCUGAUAUUGGUGAAGAUGAUAUCGAUGAUGAGAAUCUUAUAAUUGGUGACGAAAACGCUGAAAUCAAUCAGGAUACUAUUUCUACGGUUCCUACUGUUUCUACUUAUGAAUUUCAAAAAGCGGAGAGUUUAGCUUCAGAAACAUUUGACCAAUCACUUACCACUAAAACGACGACUCCAAUUAUCAAAGUAACGGAGCCACCUCAAUUGUCAAUAGAUUCUGAUCCUGACAUUCCUAACUCUCAGAUAAUUAGGGAGCUUUGUUAUCUUCAAGUUGUUAUCACAGCGGAUUGCAAAAAAAGUCCACCGGUUAUCAAAGUUUUGGCCGUUAACCCUUAUGCGUAA